CAAUGCAGGGGCGGGUGGCCAUUUAUCAAUGGCCUUCCCACUCCCUGCUUGAGCGCGCUCCCUGGGAGUGCGCAGCACCGCGAUCCGGUGCCCGCUGUGUCUGCGAUCCGGUGCCAAUCAUAUGAUCACUGAUUGGCCAAUCAGUGAUCACUACGUGUGAAAUCUGUGAAUGAUCACAGAGGUCACAUGGUACAAGGCUAUUCACAACAGCCUUGUACCAUGUGACAAGCUGUGACCAAUCACAGGUCGCACAGUA